AUGAAAAGCCGUAGAAACCCUCACACUGAGAGCCAGCAGGAGGAGUGGAGGAAAAGGAACAAGACCGUCCUGACGUACAUCACAGCAGCCGGAAUGGGGAUGAUUGGCAUAUCCUAUGCAGCUGUGCCUCUAUAUAGGUUGUACUGCCAGGUCGCCCCAGGUAAAACUGCUUUAGCCUUUUAUAAAGCAAAAAAUCCCACCGACAAACCUGUGAUUGGAAUCUCUACCUACAACGUGGUCCCCUUUGAAGCUGGACAGUACUUUAAUAAAAUGCAGUGCUUCUGCUUUGCAGAGCAGAGGUUGAACCCAAACGAGGAAGUGGACAUGCCCGUGUUCUUCUACAUCGACCCCGAGUUCGACGAGGACCCCAGGAUAGCUCGUGUGGACACCAUCACACUGUCCUACACGUUCUUCGAAGCAAAGGAAGGACAGAAGCUGCCGCUGCCUGGAUAUAGCUGAAGGAAACGAUGGAUGGGGAAGCAAUUCUGCAAAAUCCUCAUUCAAGUUUAAACUGGAGAUUUAAAAAAAAACAAAACUUAAAAAAAAAAAAAAAUGCUUUCGAAGUAGAAAAAAUAAACAUAUCCAUUCAUUAUGGCACUUCUUUAUUUGCCGCGAUGAGUUUCCCAGUGGGAAACGAAGGUACUAGAGAAUCGAGACAGCAAGAGAAACUGAUAAGGCGUGACUACUCGGACCAUGCACACAGCUUCCAGUGUGUUGAAGGGUUUGUAGAAGAACUCUAUAAAUAAGUGCACUGGUGUUGAGAUUUUAUCCAAUAAAGUGCUUUAUUUACCACCCAAAUUGAAUUUAAAUUAGGUUUAAUGUUUUGGAUUAACCCCAACAAACCCCAAGUUAUUAACCCAACAGAUGAAGCUGGUUAACAGUUUGCUUGCUUUCUAAACCGAAAGCACUGAAAGGGAAAACCUGAAAUGAAAGGGCACUAUUAUAACUGCAGCUGAUGCUGUUAACGAGUGCAUGAGUUCUAAUUGUUGAUCGCAGUACCAUGUACAGCGAUGUGAACUCUGCUCCUGUUUUAAGUGGUAGACAAACAGCCGCAGUAUGUACCUUUGACAGAAGUGGUUUUUGACACAUCUAACUUGGUCAAAGUUUAGACGUCUGAUUUGUGUUGCUGUAAUUUUGAAUUUUUUUGUAUGAAGUAUUUCACUAGAAAUAAACUUAUCAAGAUGGAACCAGAGACCCUUCGUGGUAUUUCAGGGUUAACAAAAGCAUCAACGUGGUUGAUUAUAGCAGCCUGUAAUCCCUCCGGGAUAAGCCACUGCAUUUCACUGCAGUCUUUUACAGCACUGGGGAGGGUUCCUGGACUGCAUCAAUCACUGACCUGGGGCUCUGAGUUGGUGGCUCAAGAAAUCCAGGGGGUAUUCCACAGCUGUAAACUGCUUUAGAAAAUCUGCCUGUGGCUUCUCAUGGCAGGGUAUCUGUUGGUCAAAUCAAAUCCACUCUUCUCCAACUUUCCUAAAUGAGAACAACAAGAUGGUUUCUUGGGACCCACUUAACACUGUCCUAAUACUGAGAGCUGCUUGGCGUCUUUGUUAGAGUAGACUUAGGCAGGAGAUGCUCUAACGCUGGAUUGGUAUUCUGAAGCACUGGGCAAGGCUGGUUUAAUUUGGAGACUGCAAAGUGCUGGCACUGAACCAGUGCUGUGAGCCCCAACUACUCCUCAGGGGUCACAUUGUUACAUUAUUAAGGGAACAAGGAGAGCUGCUCAGUCCCAGCACAGCAGGGUUAGAGAAGAACGGUGACAACUCAGUACUGGAGAAUCCAAUCCCAGAACUACUCAGAAUGAUUGCACAUGCCAUAGCAAGAGUAAAACAAGAUUCAAACGACAAAGCAACUUACCCGUCAAACUAAUCAGCUGCUACAGUGACUUGGAGCCUCUAGCUACACCCCUUCUGCACCCACAAACAAACGAGUAAUACAUGCAUACAUACAUACUUACCUGCUGUAUAUACUGGACUAUAAUAGUGAACUAGUGGCAUGGCAGUAACAUCCUGCAUGGAAACUAAGAACAAUUCAUAUUUAAAAACUAAAAGCAAAACCCCAUAUAUGGCAAGGCAGGUCUGCUUCCUCUUGACUAUGGACAGAACUAACACCUUUUACCACACAGGCAGCUUGCAUGCAUUGUUUAUUUCUGCUUCUCCACAGAAAAGAACUCACAAGUCAGCUGCAAAGCCUAUCUGAUACAUUACUCAUAAAAGAGUUCUGCGAGUUCUCUGCCCAUCUAUCACACAGUAAUAAAAAAGAGAGCUGCAGCAAUGUGGUCUGUACAAAAAAAGAGAUUAACAAAAAUAAAAAGAAACUUAUUUGAAAUCAAUACAGGCGUUUGUAUUUAAUACAAUACUAAUUGUUUUUUAUGCAGC